GUUAGAUAUAAAAAGUUCAAAAUCUACUGCUAUUAAUCAAGCCGAAGAGCUUAUAAAAGAUUUUAGUAAAUUAGAUAAUUUAAUUGGAUUUAAGCAGUUAGUUGAAGAUUUUGAAAUAGAAUUGCCAGAAGAAAUACUGAUUAAAGCACUUAAACUACUUAGUGAUGCAUCAUCUUUUGAAAUUCAUUCAGAAAAAACUAUGAUAUGUCUUGAAAUUCAUCUAAGAACCUGGACUGCAGCUUUAGAAAGAUUGUACUAUUCUCCUAUCGUUCUAGAAUAA